CGCAUACAACUAGUUAUGUUAAAACCAUCACAUGCCGCUGCCCUCGGCACACGCUAACGUGCGUCUUCCGCGGACGGAGGUGUUUCACUGUUCGGCUCGUACACGCGUCGCGUUCAUUCUUCACUUCUCCUCGUUACUUUUUCACAUCCCGUAUACACUAUUAUAAUUAAUAUUAUUAUUAUUAUUAUUAUUAUUAUUAUUAUUAUUAUUAAUAUUAAUAUUAUUAUCGUCAAUAAUUACUAUUUUAUUCUUAUCAUUAUUACUAUCGUCAUCUUCACACCGUCUUGGAUAUUGUCGACAUUAAUCUGACUCGAAACAAUAAUAUUUUUAGAAUCGCGAGUGCGUGUGUGGGUGGGAGAAGGUUGCUGCACCGUACGCAGUUCCGCCGACGAUAAUGUUCCGCGUACAAUGUUCGAUUGGCCGGCGGUCGGCAGGUUGACCGCUUGAAUUCGAAUCGUUUUCGUUUUUCGUUUCCCGCCACGACGACGACGAGACCCGCCGAAACGGUUUUGAAAUUUUUGCCGUUAUCGCGUCUAUUCUCCUCACACUGACCAAGACGACGCCUGUCCGAAAUGAUCGACCGACGGCCGGAUUUGGAAGUGAUCGACGUAUCUCAGAACGGGUUGUUAACGGAUAUGGACACGCCGCAGUACAGUCUUCGGUGGAACAAUCACCUGGUCCACAUGAUGGACGCCAUCGAAGUGCUCCUUCAAAACGAAACUCUCGUGGACGUCACGCUGGUUUGUGAAAAGACUCAGUUUAAAGCACACAAAGUCGUCUUAUCCGCUUGCAGUCCAUAUUUUCAAAGGCUAUUCUCUGAAACCCCGUGCAAACAUCCUGUGAUCGUGCUUAAGGACCUUCCCGACUGGGAGAUGAGAGCAAUCAUACACUUCAUGUACAAAGGGGAGAUUAACGUUGGCCAGGAACAGUUGCCGUUGUUACUACAGGCUGCUGAAACGCUACAAAUCCGCGGACUAGCCCACACUGAGCGCAUUCCGUUGUUCGUCGAUUCGCCCACUUCGUCGUCGGCGACUCCCACGGACAUCCAACCGCCACCGUCACAACAGAAACAGCAGCCACCGCUUCCGUCGUCUCAUCACCACGGCGUGGGCGGCCACCAUCACCAUCACCAUCACCAUUCCAGCAGGGGCCAGAGUCCCGGUGGCAGCAAAUCCAGCACGACCGCCGGCCACGAGCUGACGAACGGACAAAGUUCCCCGGGCAAGGGUCAUCAUCACCAUCAUCACCACCACAGGCACCGGACCACCGACUCACCUCAGAGUCCGCGCAACAAGUCGCAGCCGCCGCCGCACCACGCGCUCGGACUGCCGCCACCGCAUCACCGCGACGGAUCGGCCGGCCGAAUGUCGCCGACCACCAGGAUGUUCUUCCAGGCCGCCGCGGCCGCUGCGGCCGCCGCUGCAGCCAAUCCUUACGAUCCUUCGCACAUCCAUCUGCCACAGAUACAGCACUUGCCACCCAUCACGUUCAACGACAGGAACUGUCCAUCGCCGACGCCUCGCAGGAAACAGGCUCGACCCAGACGAAGAUCGGGUGAAGCGAUUGGUCCACAAGAUUUGAGUAAAGCACCUUCUCCGUCAAACUUCAGUAACAAUGUCGCCGAAAAUUUGUCGAUGAAAAAGUCACCAAACAAUGAAAAUAUCAAUAACGAAAACGUGCCGACAAAUUUAAGUUGUAACAAUAAGAGGCCAGAUAGGACACCGUCACCGUCGGCAAAUAAACAAAUGAAGGUCGAAGUGGAAGAAUCAGAAAUGAUUGGAGACUUGGGACAAAAUCUGCCGGUAGAGUUGACUGCCAACAGUGGCAAUCCGAACGUAAACAACAAUAACAAUAAUAAUAACCAGUCGAGCAACAAAAAGAACCACCACCAUCACCACCAUCAUCAUCUCAACCACCAACAACAGCAUCAGAGGCAUCCGGACUUCCCUUAUUACGGGCCGGAUCCCAUGAGCAUACCACUUAACCCACACGAUCCGCACUUUGAGAACUCGCUGUUUCCGCCUUUUGGACCGUUGUCGUCGCUAUCUCUACAAGGACCUCCUCACAUGUUUCCAAUAGAUGCCCAAUUUGGUCUAUUUCCCGGUUUGGACGGCUGCAGAAACCCACUGCUAAACGAACUGAUCGAACCGAGGUUCGACAAUCCACCGCCGAGUAAAAAGAAAAAGAAAAUGUUCCCAGUUGGACGUCCUAAGGGCCAGCACAGCGCUCCACGUGGAGGUCCUCCUAGGUCCUGGACGAACGCCGAACUCACGGAAGCUCUACAGCACGUGUGGAACAAGAAGAUGACCACGUCACAGGCGUCCAGAAUUUUCGGUAUACCGUACAACAGCCUGCUCAUGUACGUGCGUGGCAAGUAUGGUAAAUCACUAAAACUGGAACAGUUGAAAAAAGAAUGUUUCGGUGAUAUAAACGGUCCACUGGACUUGUUGCACUUAGGAUCCAUAUCGAAUAACAACAACAGCAGCAACAAGAAUAACAACAAUAACAACAACAACAGCAGCAACAGCAACAACAACAACAGCGGAGGUGGCGGUAAUAACGGCCAGUCGAAUAUCAAUGGUUCCGGUAACAACAACGGCGGCGGAGGCAACGGCUCGUCACUGCAGCCUUGCAACCCGCCGUCGGAACCCGUCGACCUCAUGCUGGGACCUCCAGGAUUCAACCCACCCGCGUUCCCGGCACCCAACUUCUUCCCGGACUUUGGGUCAACGUUCCCAAUGGGCAUAGACAUGAUACACCUGAUGCACCAACAACAGCAGCACAUGUCGUCGAUGUCGGCGGCCGACAAACACCAGUAUUUGGGACUGCAGGACAUGAUCGGCGGCCAGCCACUGCAGUCGGCCGUCGUUCUAGACUACGCGAUGAAGUCUCCGGCUGCCAGUCGCAGCAACUCAGAACCACCGACGACGGGCGGCGAGGGUGACGGCGAUGGUGACGGUGACGGUGACGUCGACGGCGACGGCGAAGGUGAGGGUGACGGCGACUGCGACGACGACGACGGAGACGACGAUUGCGGCGUCGACGACGAGGAAGACGAGGACGAGGACGACGACGUGGUGGCCAUGGACUUUUCGAAGGCCGGUGGUAUCGGCGUUGGCGGCGGCGGCGGCGGCGGUGACGUUGGCAGCGGUGGCGGUGACGGUGACGUUGGCGGCGGUGCCGGUGCCGGUGACGAGGACGAUGGGGUAGACGACGAGGAUGACGACGAAGACGUCGAAGACGAAAGACUGAGUCCGGAAGCUGAUGACAAGGACAAGGAGCAAGACUGACACGGGGUGUUUAGGGACUACGCGCUGGCGGCGUUUGACGCGGUGCUCCGAACAUAAUUUCGCCGUUGUUCUUCGCGCCGGGUGUACCGGAAAAUGCGCAUAAGCCUGUCAUGUACUUGAGCGCUCGCGUCCCUUGUCCACCACGUGGCCGUCGUCACGGGCGUUUGGCUGAAUCGCCGCCCCGUAUCCCACCCUCAACCAUGUGCGUGCAUGCCCCUUACCUCCACCCACCCCAAAUCCUUUCGAACCUUCCUUCUCGCCCUUAUCCGUAAUCCAUUAUAAUAUAAUACGUAUAAAAAUAAUAAUAGUAAUUAUAAAUAUAAUAUAAUAUAAUCAUUCGGUCGAAUCGUACGGCCGUGGUUCGUAAUCGUGCGUGUAAUAUAUAAUAAUCGUUUUUAAUGAUAAGGGAUUGAAAUAAAAUAAUAAAAAAAUUAUGAAAAAGUUUUGGUACGAAAAAAAAAAAAUUUAAACAAAAUUACUACUACUACAGCUAGUGAAUACAAAGAAACGUGUAAAUUAGAUUUUUAAACAAAUUGAUCGUGUACAUAUUUAUAAGUGUGAUCGUCGUAUCGUUAAUUAAAAAAAAAUUAUAAUUAUAUUAUUCUAGACCGAAACGUAGCCAUUUUAAAGAUAAAUAAUAAUUGUUGUUCCGAAACAAUAGAAUUUCAUCUCAGCCCGAUAAACAAAUCAAAACGAUACAAUUACCUAAUAUACAGCCGAACACAUUAUGGUGUCUACAUACAGUUCCUAAGUUUUAGUUACAGUAAUUUUAUUUUAAUUUUUAUUAGAUAUUAAUCAUGUGUAUACUUCUGUGAAACUGUGAUUCCUAUACACACAUGUUGGCUUUAAGUUUUACUGCAUUUCGUAGGUUUUUUGAGAGAUAAAAACAUGAUAUUUACCUCGAAAUCAGCAAGAGAAAACGGCAAAAUAUAUUAUACAAUAUUGUUCCUCGUAUAUUAUGAAGCCACUAAAAUACAUAUUUUUUUUUUAUAGUUCCUGUUUAUUCGCCAUUUUGUUUUUGUUUUUUUUUUGUUUUUUUUUUCUGAGCCAUAAAACGCAUACGUUUGUACAAUUUUGUGAUUAAUGGGACGUAAUAUUACCAGCAAUUUGAUUACUGAAGUAACAUUAUAUCAUGUAUCCAACGAAAUUACAUUAAAACUUUACGUGUCUCCCAACAAGCGGUCGGUCAAACUUUAAUAACAGCUUUCAUUGAUAUCAUCAUCGUUAUUACAGUAAUAACUUAAUAUCGUUAUGACAUUACAACUGUAACAAUCCAAAUAAGCAAAUGAUAAGAGUAUAGUUUACGAGAGAUGGUAUGCGUGGUACCCGUUUCGAAGGUACGUCCUCAUGGCAAACGAUUAAUUUUUUUAUUUAAUUUCUUGCAAUAGUUCUAAAUAGGAUUUUAAACUUAACUAUAGAGAAAUACACUCGUCACUCAUGCAGGGUAAUCAUGAAACAUUUAUAAUACAAUACAGGUACCUCUAUAUACAUAAUGAAAAUAAAAAUAGUAAUAAAUAUCAGGAACGAUAAUAAUAAUAUAUUCUAUUAUACGAUUAUUAUUCACACAAAUACACCUCAAACCAAACAGUUCAUUAUUUAUAGUACUUAUUAAUAUAUUUAAAAUAUAAUAGUCUGUUAUAUAAAUACACUCGUGUGUAUGAAAAACAUUUAAAAAAAUAUUAUUUAACAAUAAUACUAAUAUGUGUGUUAAAUUGAGUGCAAUGUAUUACUUUUACGGUGAUUUAUUUGUUACCUUUUAUUUAUAAUAAAAUAGUAAAUGUCUUAAGUUUAUAUAUUUCUUAAGUUCCAGCAAAGCUUUUUAUUCUGUUUUAUUUCCUAAGGCUGUGUUUCUGCUCCGUUUCAUAUUUUUCAAAUGUACAAACAAAAUAUAAAACGUCAUAUUACAAUAUUAUUAUGUUAUAACCAUAUUACAUUUAAAAUACCUAUAUACAGAUAAUGAGUAUAUAGAUACAUUUAUAAAAUACAAUAAUGGUGCAGCAUCUCAGGGCAUUAACUAGAUGUACCAAUUUUCGUUAGAUAAUAAUUAUUCUAUAAAUAAAAUAUAUUAUAUAUAUUAUAUAUAUUAUAUUAUAAUUAAAUCACAUAACGUCCGAUAGUUUAUAACCUAUUUUAAAUGUGUUUUUUUCGUCUGUUUUUAUCAUGUACGUGUAAAUUAAUUGAACAAAAAUUGUAUUGUUAAUAUUAUAGAAAGUAGACGUUUAGGUUAAAAGUAAAUUAUGAAAAAUACUGUUUUCUUUUGUCUUAACUUUUAUUUUGCGAGUGUGUUAUUAUUUGUAUUAUUAUUUUAUUUUAUUUUUUGGUAAUAGCGUCAUUUUUGAUGACCUUGUUAAGUUGAUUUUUUUGGUAUU